ACUUAUUUAUUCUCAUUCCUGUGCCUUCAUCUCUGUCUCUCACCCUCUUUCUCUCUUCUCAAUGCUCUGUUUCCUCUGAGUAAUGAUAUAAAGAAAUCUGGGAUAGGUCAUUGACUUUGUCUUGGUGGUGACAGAGCCACUGAGCAUUCUGGAAAACUUCAUUGGUUAUUACAGUGAUUUUACGAAAUGGGUUUCUUCUCAUUGGUGACAGGAAGGCCUGGUGCAAGUGGGUUUGGAUCAGCUUCAACUGCUGAGCAAGUCACUGAAGGGAUUGAUGCAAAAAACCUCACUGCCAUUGUCACUGGCGGGGCGAGCGGGAUUGGAUUGGAGACGGCAAAGAUCUUGGCGCUCCGAAGAGCCCAUGUCAUCAUUGCUGCUAGAAACAUUGGGGCUGCAAACAAAGCGAAACAGAUCAUUCUCGAAGAGAAUGAGAAAGCUCGAGUGGAUGUUCUAAUACUUGACCUCUGCUCGGUCAAGUCUGUUAGAGCAUUUGUUGAUAGCUUCAUAGCUCUUGAUCUUCCUCUCAACCUCCUAAUAAACAAUGCUGGUGUUAUGUUCUGCCCUCACCGGCUUUCAGAAGAUGGAAUAGAGAUGCAGUUUGCAACCAAUCAUCUUGGUCAUUUUCUCUUGACCAACCUCCUCCUUGAGAAAAUGAAGAACACGGCUAAAACCACUGGCAUCGAAGGCAGAAUUGUGAACCUGUCAUCAAUUGCUCAUGUGCACACCUAUGGCAAUGGGAUUCGAUUUGAUAGGAUCAAUGAACGAAGUGGUUACUCAGACAAAAGAGCAUAUGGCCAAUCCAAACUAGCCAACAUACUCCAUGCUAAUGAGCUCUCUCGUAGGUUGCAGGCAGAGGGAGUGAACAUCACAGUCAACUCAGUCCACCCAGGAAUAAUCAUGACACCUCUCAUGAGGCACUCUGCUUUUUUAAUGAAAACUUUGAGGUUUUUCACCUUUUGCAUUUGGAAGAAUGUUCCUCAGGGAGCAGCCACAACAUGCUUUGUAGCACUGCAUCCAAAACUGAAACGUGUAACCGGAAAAUAUUAUGUGGACUGCAACGAGAUGAAGCCGAGCUCGUAUGCUAGAAAUGAAAAGUUGGCCAAAAGACUGUGGGACUUCAGCAACAAGUUGAUUGAUGGAGCUUCUUCUAAAAGUUGAUGAGAAACGUUCUGUGAAUCUGUGAUCAAUAAUACUACCAUAUAUGAGCCUGCAGAGCAGAAGUUGUGGGAUUAAUGUGAGUGUGUAAGUGCAAUGGUCCAUGCUACACAAGUAUAGAGAGUUGUUGUUUGGUUACUGUUUGUUGAUAGUUGUUGUAUUGUGUCAUUUAUAUAUUAUGUACUGCUUAAUAUAAUGACGCUGAAAUUCCUUGCUUUUCAAUCAACAUAAUUAUUGAUUAGUUUA